AUGGAUUCCGAACCAAGGGAUGGGGCUGCUGAAGAACACAAACCGAGCCAGCUCUUGCUGUCGGAGGACGAGGGUAGGGUCCUAGAGCUUUACGACAGACUCCAGCACCUGCAGCUUGAGAUCGCUCUCAUCACAGCCCAGAAGAACUUUGAGCCUGGGGACAUAACGGCUCCGAAUGUUGAAGCCGCCCAAAAUAAUCUACUAGAAUCAAGGGCGAGAUACAUGUUGCGGAACGAGGUGGCCGAAGGGGUCAUCAUGUCGAACCCGGUACUUCAGGCGGUUCAUGGAGGAAUCAACGCGUCACUCAUCGAGAGGGAUUUGCGCCCUGUACUGCUGCAAAGAGACCAGGCAUCGACCAGUUUGGCUCAGCAGACCAGCUUGUCACGACAGAUUACUGAUGAGAUCAUCGAAGUAGAGAGCCAGAGCCUGCGAAUAAGUCGAGAAAAUGUCGAUCUGGCAUCGCAGGUACUGGCUUUGGCCGAAGAGGUCAACAAGCACAAAACGGAGCCGAUCGAGGAUCCUGCACAGGCAAACGAGAUUGCCCAACUAGAGAAAGAGGUCAAGGCUAGUAGACAACGCUGGAGAGUUAUGAAGGCGACUGCAAGUGCUGUAGUAGCAGGGAGUGGCGUCGACUGGGCAAGUAGCGAGGAGCUCAGAUCUAUUGUGCUCGACGAGGACGACGAUGGUGUCUGA